AUGGACCUCCUCUUCGCAGAACAUGGUUGGGCCUCAUGUUUGAUCAUCGGGUCCAAAAUCGACUUGCCAAUGAUCGUCCAGUUGAACUUGGGUACUUGGGAACCCCGAGCGCGUUCAGUGCACGGCAUCGAACGCCGAAUAAUUAAUCCUUGGGUAUCUGGCGGUCGCAUCUACGGUCCAAAUGACCAUGAUGCAAUUUGA